UAGGCUGCAUCAGAUAUUGUACAAUAAUCUAAUGUAAAGAAACACUGCGUCAGAGAGAUACAUCAACAACUGUUACCAACUGUUUUUCUUCAGGCGACAGUGAAUGUUGAUAUUUCCGGCUGGACUGUCUUGACCAGAAAUCAUAUUGACAUUCUGGAAUAUUUUUUUUUCUUCUCAAUGAUAGUGUCUUGUCCCUGCUAGAAGCCCCAGAAAAGUUCCACCCCCCUAGUGGCUCACCUCUCCAUCCUCUGUUCCCUGCCUCUGUGUCUUUGGACCCAGGUAGCCAUGCUGCGGGAGGGGGCCAAGGCCUGGAGCAACGUCUCGGAGGCCUACAGCAGCGACCCUGAAGAGGAGGAGGAGGACAUGGUAUGUGAGGAAGACGAGGACAGAGAGGAAGAGAUGAUGGACCUGAGUGAGCUGCCCACCGCCCUGUUCGCCUGCAGCGUCCACGAGGCCGUGUUCGAGGAGGACCGCCACCGGCUACGAAAGGGAAUGCCAUCAAUAAAUAUGAAACUGGAGAUGGUGACCAUCAUCGCCUGCGAGGUAGACACAGAGGUGUUUACGUCCGACAAGCUGCAGGAGAGGUUCGAGGCCCUGUUCAGGAUCUAUGACGAGCAGACGUCCUUCCAGAUGUUCAAGAGCUUCAAGCGAGUCCGCAUCAGUUUCAGCACUCCGGAGGCGGCCGCCCGCGCUCGCAUCGAGCUCCAUGAGACUGAGUUCAACGGCAAGCAGCUCAAGCUCUACUUUGCCCAAGUGAGUGAGCUCUUCCUGGGGGAAGAUUUGGGCCGGAACUGGGGCCUUUUGGGAGAUAUGGGAGUCAUUACAGUCCAGAUUCAGAAUUCUGGGGAGGAUAUAGACAAGUCGUACUUGGCUCCUCCUGCGCCCGUCAAACAGUUCCUCAUCUCUCCCCCUGCCUCGCCACCCGUGGGCUGGAGCCAGAGUGAAGACGCAACGCCUGUUAUCAACUAUGACCUGCUGUGCGCGGUGGCCAAGCUGGGCCCAGGGGAGAAGUAUGAACUGCAUGCGGGCACUGAGUCAACCCCCAGCGUUGUGGUGCAUGUGUGCGACAGCGAUGCAGAGGAUGACAACGACGAAGCGCGGCCCAAGCAGAAACAGCAGAUCAUCCAAACCCGGCGCCCCGACGGCCCGUCGCAAGUCCUGAACUAGGACGCCCGUUACGGACCCCACUCCUACGACCCCAACACACACACGCACCAAGCCCUGUCUUCUCUGUCUCAGGAGUCGCACAGCAAGACAACGCCCCUCAUUUCAGUUCAACCCAAAACACACAAACAGCAGACAGUUGGUGGUGUUUGUGGAGGGAGCAUGGCUAUUGGAUGGGAUGAGGCGGCCUGGCCUGUAUGGACGAUGGAGGAUGGAUGAGAUUUACACACACUCAUCACACUCAAAGGAAAGGGAGGGAGGGUUGAGGGGGCCUAACUCUUGACCCCUGACCUCGGAUCAGCCAGGGGCAGUAAUGUAACAACUUGUCCUCCUAAAGCAGGCCCCCUGUCAUAGAUGAUACACUCAGCUCUCAUCUGUAGUAGUUCUUCUGUAGUAGUACUUCUGUAGUAGUACAUCUGUAGUAGUUCUUCUGUAGUAGUACAUCUGUAGUAGUUCUUCUGUAGUAGUACUUCUGUA